GCGUCUUGAUCAGUGUGUGAAAACGUGUGUGUGUUGGUAACUGAAUCAUGACAAAGUGUGUAUAACCUGUGAAUGUGCCUUGACUAGGCCUUGACAAUGUGUGUGAUCGUUGUGAGCCUGAUAGUUGAGCAACCGAGCGUACAGAUAAUGUGUGUGUAUUAGAGGAUGGGAGUAUAAAGGAGACAGAAACACUGAAUUGGAAGUUCUCCCCCGGAGAGAGUUGUUCCCCAGAGCUGCCUGAGUGUUGCUACGGAGAACAUUGCCAAAGUUCUGAGGAGUCAUCACUGGACUUUUUGUAUAAAGGACGUGAGGACAACGCUGGACUUAGGCUCCAGAGUUUGCUGAGGACAUCGUUGGAAGCAAAGUUGUUCUAAUUUUGUUCAACAAGCGAAGACCACACUCUGCUAGACGGAGAGUCCUGAGAGGUCUGCAAUUAUCCUAAAAAGAUGAAGAGGAGAAGGCACCUACGACAUCUAGAGAGGCAGAGGAGGCAGUAGCAGAGGGCCAGGUGACCCACCACAGCUUGGAGAGACGGUGACUUGCCAUCAGCAGCACAGUUCUGUCCUGCACCUCCGUCUUGCCGUAGUUUUGUUAUAACUGCAUUGAAACUGUGAAAUCAUUUGAAGUCAAACUCUGAUUCAAGAUAAUUACAUUCCGUCUGGUUAUGAGAAUCAUCAAGCACAUGAUUAGUAGAAGUGACGUAAUUCACUAGAACUGGAUAUGUGCAGCGUUUUUUAGCCUCCUGUCCCGGUUGACACAACGACCAGUGUACACGGUUGUCGAGGUUAUCUGAGGUGUGGCCGAGGACUCAGUCAUCAUCAUCAUCAUCAUCGGUGCCUGGCAGGAGGUGAGGGGAACUUUAGGGAGCGGCUCGACACUUUAUGACCCGUCCAGAGUGUAAAGUCCUCGUGUUGGAGCCUCAGACGUCACAUUAACGAGAAACAACUGAAGGAGACACAGCAGAGGCUCCAGUAACCCGACCGAGGCUUCACCUUCCAGGACGAGGCCUUGAGACUCCGCCACGUUCCGAAGGCUUCCUUGUUUUUUAGUCUGAUCGCAACAGUCAGAGUCCCUGCGUUUUUCAUUUUAAGGUGGUUUGUCUGGAAACGCUGCAACCAUGUCGACGGCUUUGGAAGGGACCGGGUUCAUCAUGUGCAUCAUCAGCUGGCUGGUGACCGCAGCGUCGCUGGUCAACGACGAAUGGAAGAUCUCCACCGUGUCCGGCAGUGUCAUCAUCUCCCAGAGGCAGUUUGAGAACUUGUGGCACUCCUGCGCCGAGAACAGCGCCGGCAUCGCCGAGUGCCGGGACUUCGAGUCGAUGCUCGCCCUCCCUGGUCACAUUCAGGCCUGUCGCGCCCUCAUGAUCGUCUCGCUGCUGCUCGGCCUCGGCUGCAUCAUCGUGUCGCUGCUUGGACUCAAGUGCAUCAAGAUCGGCUCGUCCACCGACCAGACCAAGGGCAAGAUCGCCGGCACCGGAGGCAUCCUGAGCUUCCUGGCCGGUCUGUGCUGCAUGAUAGCUUGUUCCUGGUACGCUUACCGAGUGGUUGAGGACUUCAAUGACCCGUUCUACAUGGGCGUGAGGUUCGAGCUGGGUACUGGUCUGUACUUGGGAUGGGCUGGAGCCUCUCUGGCCAUCCUGGGAGGAGCUUUACUCUGCAGUGCCUGUAGGAGAGCGUCACCUGGUGGCCAGAAAGGCGGUUACUAUGCAAAACAACAGAAAGUGUACACGGCCACAGCCAAAUCAGACCAGGAGUCGAGCAGAGCUUACGUCUGAACUCGCACAUCUGCACCGUCGCUGUCUGGAAGUUUCACCACAAAACGUAAAGAUAGAAGCCCUCCUCCGUGUCUUCAGUCGUCGCUUUUCUUUCCUUUUUCUUAUUUGUUUUUAAUGAGGUGAAAUCUGUAAUCUUAGCAACCCAUCAGGAAACUGUAGAUUGCUGUUUAACGACUGUUUUAAUUCUGUUUGGAGUUUG